GAGCAAAAAGGAAAAGGAAAGGGCAGACGGCCAAACCCCAAAUCCCGGCCCCAGCCGCCAGCCUCACGAGGCCGCCGCAGACGAGAUGGCCACCGGAGACGCCGGCCACGCGCCGCCGGCCGCGGCUGCGCGGUCGAUGGUGGAGUCCUUCUGCGCCGUGACCUCCGCGACCCCCGAGGAGGCCGCCUUCUUCCUCGAGAGCCACAACUGGGCCCUCGAGUCCGCCGUCCACUCCUUCUACGACUCCGCGGACGGCGAUGGCGAUGCCGGCGCGGCCGAUCCGGCUCCCCCGCCACCGCCCCCAGCCGCUGGAGACGACGCGGAAUCUGAGGACGAGGACUACGUGGGCGGCGGCGACGUGGACCGUGAUGACGAGGACUACAUCGGGGAUGAUGACGAGGACGAGGACGAGGACGCCGCCCUCGCUGCUGCGGCUGCCGCUGCGACGGCGGAGGAGAGGAGGACGCCCGCGAAGAGGCAGAAGAGGAGCCACGACGCGCGGGGUGGGAGCGGCAGCGGCAGCGGCAGGAGGGCGGGUGGUGAGAGUGGGCGCCGGAAUGUGAGGACGCUCUCCGAUCUCGGUGGCGGCAAGAGAGGCGCGGGGUCCGACGAGGACUCAGAGGAGGACGAGGAGUGGGCGCCGCCUCCCGAGUACUACACCGGCGGCGAGAAGAGCGGAAUGGUUGUUAGAGAUCAACCAAAACGUAAAAACAAGGCGGAUGAGAUAUUCAAGCAAGCUAAGAGGAAGGGAGCUAAGCAAGGCCCAUUUGAGGCUCGCCAGCGAUCUUCUAGUUCAAGGAACUUUACUGGGACUGGCAGACUUCUGUCUGGUGGAACUGCACAGCCUGAUGCACCACAGCCACCAGAAGACAUUGUUCACAACAUCUACUUCUGGAGCAAUGGUUUCACAGUAAAUGAUGGUCCACUCAGAAGUUUUGACGAUCCAGCAAAUGCAUCCUUUUUAGAGAGCAUCAAGAAUUCUGAAUGCCCUACUGAACUUAAGCCAGCUGAUGGGAAAUCCAAGGUGAAUGUGAAUCUUGUUCGGAAGGAAGAAGAAUGCCCCGAGCCAGUCAAGUGUGCUGCUCCAUUUCAAGGGGAACGAAGAACUCUUGGGACACCUUCUGAUAAUACUACUAAUGCUGCUGCUUCCAGUAUGGUAGCUGCCCCUAGGACAAUCACAGUGGAUGAUUCUUUGCCAUCAACCUCUCUCCAAAUCAGGUUUGCAGAUGGCAGUCGCUUGGUUGCGCGUUUCAACACAAGCCACACAAUCGAUGAUGUGCGGACGUUCAUUGAUGCAACGAGGCCAGAAGCCAGUGACUACACACUGCAGGCCGGGUUCCCCCCUAAGCCGCUCGACGAUGUGAACAAGACUAUCGAGGAAGCUGGCUUGGCCAACUCGGUGAUCAUCCAGAAAGUGUAGCCUAGCAGAACAGGUGUUGACCCUCUUCAUCAAAUACACUACCCAUCUGAAGCUAGCACCUUCCUUACUUUUCUCUUCCCUCAAUUUAUUUUCUGAAUUUCACUUCCAACCUUCUAUGGCUUGUUCCCUAGCCACUUCAGGUAUUGAGAGUGUCAAACAGUGAGAUUUGGGUAAUUCAUCUAUAGUGUAUACUUACUUUGGCUUGCAUGUCUCCUUCAGUCGACAUCACGUUUGGUGGGUUAAA